AUGAUCGAGAAAGCUAAUGUACUCGGGAAACCAAUCGUCACAGCAAUACAGAUGCUUGGCCCGGCGUCUCCUCGUCCGACUAGUGCCGAAGCCACCGAUGUCACCAACGCUGUCCUCGAAGGCACCGAUUGCGUCAUGCUCAGCGGCGUAACGGCCGCCGAAGCUCACCCUGAGACCGUCGUGCGAACAAUGUCAAGGCUCUGCAAAGAGGCGGAGGAUUCUAUCGAUUACAAAGCUUUGCAUAUGAAAAUAAAAAGAGCUGUUUGGAGACCGUUAUCCAAAAUCGAGAGGACAGCCGCUUCCGCCGCUACGAGUGUCGCUCCCAAAAUGAAGGCCAAGGCGAUCGUUGUCGUAGCCAAGAGUGGAUUCAAGGCGGAUUUUGUGGCCAAGUACAGGCCGAGCAUUCCUAUUCUGUGGGUGGUUAACCCGGAGUGCCCUGAUUCGGAGGCGAGUCAUGGUUUGGUUUACCGUGGGAUCAUUCCGCUGAUGGGGUCGGGAGCUUCGAAAUCGACCGAGGAGCUGAUUACAUUCGGGGUCGAAGUGUUAGGGAAAGAGGAAAUCUGUAAGGUUGGAGAUUUAGUUGUGGCGAUGCAACUGAGCAGUGGUUGUCCUUUCAUGCCGCUUCUGUGGGUUUGA